CCACAGCGCUGCGAUCAGCGCGUGCGAGAAGGGCGAGCAGUGGCAGCGGGCAAGGGCGAGCAGUGGCAGCGGGGUUUGGCGCUGCUGAGCGAGAUGUGCGAGGCGAAGAUUGUACCCACCCGCUUCAGCUACAGCGCUGGGAUCAGCCGCGUGCGAGAAGGGCGAGCAGUGGCAGCGGGCCCUGGCGCUGCUCCGCGAGAUGCGGGGAGCGAAGCUGGAGCCCGACGUCAUUAGGCUACAGCGCUGCGAUUAGCGCGUGCGAGAAAGGCGGGCAGUGGCAGCAAGCGUUGGCUUUGCUCAGGGGAAUGUGGGAGGAGAAUGUGAAACCUAAUGUCAUCUGUUGCAGUGCUGGAAUCAAAGCGUGCAAGCAAGGUGGGCAGUGGGAGCGGGCUCUGUUGUUGGUCAGCGAGAUGUGGGAGGCAAAGUUGGAGCCCGACGCCAUCAGCUACACCGCUGGUAUCAGCGCGUGCGAGAAAGGAGAGCAAUGGCAGCAAGCUUUGUCGCUGCUUCGCGAGAUGUGGGAGGAAACGUUGGAUCCUGACGUCAUCAGCUACAGCGCUGGGAUCAGCGCGUGCGAGAAAGGCGGGCAGUGGCAGCAAGCUCUGUCGCUGCUUGGCGAGAUGCGGGAGGCGGCGUUAGAUCCCGACGUUUUCAGCUACACCGCUGGGAUCAGCGCGUGUGAGAAAGGUGGGCAGUGGCGGCUGGCUCUUUCGCUGCUUAGCGAGAUGGGUAAUGCGUGGGUAGAGCCCGACGUAACUAGCUACAGCGCUGGGGUCUUUGCGUGCGAGAAAGGCGGGCAAUGUCAUCAGACCCUGUCGCUUCUGAACGAGAUGUGGGAGGUGAAUUUUAAACCUAACGUCAUCAUCGGCGGACUUACAGUGCUUGGACCAGCGCGUGCGGGAGAGUCGGGCAGAGGCAGCAGGUUCUGUUGGUCCUGA